GAAAUACAUUAAGCUAAUGCUAACGUGAAAUAAAAUGCUGACGACUGUUAUUUUGUUUCUGACCGAUGUUGUCACACAUUAACAGCCAGUUUUUAACUGUUGGCGAACUUAAUGUUAAAACGGCGUUGGUCAACACUUCGACUCAUUGCGAAACUGAAUGAAAGAGAUGAGCAUCUCCAGGCACAGAGCCAGGGAUCUAGUGACCAGCUAUGAUCACAGUUUGGAGAGGCAAAUUGUGGGACGAGGCUCCAGCCUGGCAUGUAGAGAUGAGGAGCUGUGGAAACAGGUGGAGGGCCUGCUGAGGGACGGAGAUGCUCAGGAGACACACUGCCUUGGUCUGGAUCCACUGAGUGUGAUGGAGGAGUCACUCACAGCAGCAGCAGCAGCAGCAGCAGCAGCGACAACAGCAGCUGGUGCUGGGCGAGUCAAAGCCAGAGGAGGGCUGCAGGGCCUGGCUAAAGCUUUUGAGGUCCUGGAGCAAGCUGCCCUGAACCUGUACCUCGGUCCUUGGAGAGACGAGUACAAAGUUGUCAAGAUGUACUCUGGUAUGUUUACCCACCAUAUCAAACCGGUGCUCUCAAUGCCACAGAUUGAGAAACUUUUUGGCCUGCUAGGAUACCAGCUCAGCUCGUCUCGGCACGAGCAGCUUUGUCUCCAGCUGCCCAGGGUCAGUCCUUCCUCUCUGGAUGACCCCCUAUGCUUGUCAUGUGCCUUCUUCCUGGCCCGCUGCGAGUGUUGCCUCCUUCUGACAGCUCUGGGGAAACACCUCGGUGAGGCCCAGUGGGAGCUGAGUUUGGUGAGGGAGAGGCAGAGAGGAAGCAGCUUACAGGUUGCGCUGGACAACACCAAGAAGGCCCUCGGUGUCAACAAACCACUGAUGGAGCCAUUUGAUGGAGAAGGGGAGGUGGAUUUGUACACAGAUGAGCAUGUUAACGGGGGGCAGAGGGAGGUGGUUGUCGAUGAGAGUCCCCGCUCUUUAACCUGGAUAAAUCAAAGCAGUGCAUCACCCCCUGCUGGCAAAUCACACAGCAACGGCAUGACGUCCUUGUCUUCCUCAUCCACCUCCCUGUCCACCAGAGAGGACGUCUGCAUCUCUACGUAUAACUGCCAGCUGACCAAGACGUCAGCACUGGAAUCAGACACUGCCAGAAGCUCCUCAGCCAGCAUGAGGCAAAGCAGACGCCCCUGUGAAGAGCUGAGGUUUGACAAAGGGGACUCACAGUCACGCAGUCUGCAGACAGAAGCAACGGGGCUUUGCGAGCGUGAGGCUGAAGCCAACCACCUUUGCAGCUGUCUCCAAACUCCUCGUCUUUGUCUUAGGUUCUGCACUGAAUGCAACAUUUCACAUGACAUUGCCUGUGCCUUGAUUCAGUCGUGCUUAAACAAACGCCACCACACAGUGUUCACUAACAAUGCGACAGAAGAAAUGAAAGAAUUGAGAGCGGAGUCACCACAGUGUGGAAGCCUCAGAGUGAGUGAUAUGAGCACAUCGCCCACUCUCAUCAGCAGCAGCGCAGCAAUGUCCUCCUUAGCUCUGCGUGAUGAACCUAAAUCAAUAGUUACAUCUCGUCAUCCAAUCACCUACCAUGAGUGCUGCGACCUCGCCAAGCUGGACCCUCAGGUCCUGUGCCACAGCUGCGGAGUCUUCCACUCUGGUUCCUGCAGAGAGAUAGAUUUCUGCCAAAGUCACCACAAUAUCAAGCCCCUGGGAGUGUGCGCCUGUGGGAGGGCGUGCUCCAGAAAGCCUCUGGUUCUGUGCAGAUAUUGCGGAAAUGAGUAUUGUAGCGAUUGCUGGUACAGAAGUCCUGUUGUAUGCGCCUGUGGCCAAACUUUUGACCAGUCAUCAUCUGUGUGAUUUAUAUUGGAAAUGUAUUGCACUGAAGAGGCACAACUAGCAAAAUCACAGUGCCUUAAAUCUGCGUACAUUUCCUUUUUUUUUUAAAUCAAGUACAAUAAAUCAAAUGUUGCCUUGACACAGUACUGAAAUGCAGUAUUGAGUGUGCUCCAUUUUAUUUUAGUUUGGUCCUCUUUCUGAGACCCUCAUCACUCUGUCAUACAGUUAUUCUCUACGUGGCUAACUGGCUAUAUUUACCAUUAUCUACAUUUUUGAAAAUGUCUGUUGCUGAGACUUGAAGUCGUGAUUGCGGUUUGUGCUUUUGGGUCACUUAAAUGUAGUUUAAUGUAAAGCACAAAGCAGUCUGUUUUCAUCUGUAUUUGCUGCCUGCACACAAACUGGAGUAAAAAAGGUCAAUACUUC